AUGCCCUCCCGCGCCCAGACCGUCGAGUCUGUCACGCUCGUCGAAGGCCAUGCGUUUCCGACGGGCAAGACGUUCGCAGGACAGGACUCGCUCCCGAAGCUGCCCGUUCCGCCGCUCGAGGACACGAUGAAGCGCUAUGUGAAGGCGCUCGAGGGCUUGCAGUCGUCGAGCGAGCACGAGCGGACAAAGGAGGUCGUCGACGAGUUUCUCAAGAAGGAUGGACCGAAGCUCCACCAGCGCCUCGUCGACUAUGCUUCGAAUCGAGCCUCAUACAUCGAAGAGUGGUGGACAGAGUCCUACCUCUCGCACGCUGACUCAGUCGUUCUCUCCCUGAACCCCUUCUUCAUUCUCGAAGACGACCCUACACCAGCACGCGGCAACCAGCUCAUGCGCGCGACCUCGCUCAUCCUCGCCUCGCUGGACUUCAUCCACGACCUCCGAACAGGCGAACUCGAACCCGACAGCUUCCGCGGCACUCCGCUCGACAUGUCGCAGUACACCAAGCUGUUCGGCACCUCGCGGAUCCCGACAAAGACUGGCUGCAAGAUGCAAAUCGACCCGGAGAGUCGGCACAUUGUCGUUCUUGCGCGAGGCCAGCUCUACUGGUUCGACGUGCUCGACUCGAAGAACCGGCCUGCAAUGACGGAGCGCGCCCUUCUCGCCAACCUCACCGCGAUCGCCGCUGACGCCGGCCGAACGCCUCCUAACCAAGUCGCGCAAUCCGCUCUCGGCGUCUUGACGACCGAGCGACGAACGAUCUGGGCGCAUCAUCGCUCGCACCUCAUGCAGAACGACGGCAACGCCAUGUGCCUCGACGUCGUCGACAAGGCGCUCUUUGUCGUCUGCCUGGACGACACGAGUCCCGAGACGCCGAGCGAGAUGUGCACCAACAUGCUUUGCGGGACGUACAAGCUCGACAAGGGCGUCCAGGUUGGGACUUGCACGAAUCGCUGGUACGACAAGCUGCAGAUCAUCGUCGCGGCGAACGGCGCGGCCGGCAUCAACUUUGAGCACUCGGGCGUCGAUGGCCACACGGUCCUCCGCUUUGUCGGCGACAUCUACACCGAGCUGAUUCUCCGUUUCGCUCGCUCGAUCAACUCGGCUUCCGGCACGCUCUUCAAGGCGAAGCUUUCGCCGUGGGCAAAGGGCGGUCCGGGCAAGAAGCAGCCUGUCGAAGGCGAGCAGCCUGAGGUCAUCGAUACCGAGCCGAAGAAGCUCGAGUGGGUCAUGACGCCCGAACUCAAGCUCGCGGUCCGCUUCGCCGAGACUCGACUGUCCGACUUGAUCUGCCAGAACGAAGUCGUCGCGCUCGAGUUUGAUGCGUACGGCAAGAACACCAUCACCCAACACGGCUUCUCCCCAGACGCUUUCGUCCAGAUGGCGUACCAGGCGGCUUACUUCUCGCUCUACGGCCGAACCGAGUCAACGUACGAGCCAGCGAUGACCAAGGCGUUCCUGCACGGUCGCACGGAGGCGAUCCGUACCGUCACUCCCGAAUGCGUCGACUUUGUCAAGACCUUCUGCUCCGAAGCCUCGCCGCGCGACAAGAUCGCCGCUCUUCGCAAGGCGUGCAAGGCGCACACGGAGCUUACGAAGGCGUGCUCGAAAGGACUCGGGCAGGACCGCAUCCUGUACGCGAUGUACUGCCUCGCCCAACAAGCGCAGAAGCGCGAGCGUGCGAUGAGCGGCUCGUCGAUCGCCAACGGGGACGGUAGCUCGGAGGAAGAGUCGGAGGACUCGGAGAUCAGUGAGGAGACGCUGGCGAGGAUUCCGGCGCUCUUUAAGGACCCCGGCUACUCCACGCUCGGCCACUCGACGCUUUCGACGUCCAACUGCGGAAACGACUGCUUGCGGGCGUUCGGCUUCGGGCCUGUUGUUGCGGACGGACUGGGUAUCGGCUACAUCAUCAAGCCCGAGUCGAUCUCGAUCUGCGCCUCAAGCAAGCACCGCCAAACAGCCCGCUUCCUCGACGCCCUCAAGGCGUACUUUGUCGAGGUCCAGCGCAUGCUCAAGCAGCUGCACCAGGAGUCGAACCGAAACCCGAACUCGCGCUUCGUCGACCCUAUCCUCGGCGAGAUCGACGCCCGCACCGGCAAGCCCAUCUCGCACCUCAAAGGUGGCUCUCGCACGCCCUCCGAGUACAGCGACGGCUACGGCAUGUACGGCAGCUUGUCGGAGGAAGUCGCGCGCGCCUUGGACAAGAAUAGGGUCGUCAGGAGGACGCAGGUCGUGCCUGGAACGAGGAUUGCGACGGUUGAGCUGUAA